AUGUCCGGCUUAAAAAAGCCUGUGGGGUAUAAAGAUACUACUAGGUCUCUUUCCAAUGAAUGCCUCGGAAGCAACAGGCCAGUGAUUUCUCUUGGUCUAUCAGAUUUUGCACUGGAUAUUCGCAUGCCUGGGGUAACUCCUAAGCAGUCCGAUACCUACCUCUGCAUGUCAGUACCCCUCCUGGUGGACGAUGAAGCCUAUGUAGUUGACUUUAAACCCCAUGCCAGCAUGGACACUGUCCACCACAUGUUACUCUUUGGAUGUAGUGAACCCUCUUCUACUGAAAAUUACUGGGACUGUGAUGAAGGAACAUGCAAAGACAAAUCUAACAUUUUGUAUGCUUGGGCAAGAAAUGCUCCACCCACGCGGUUGCCCAAAGGUGUUGGAUUCAGAGUUGGAGGAGAAACGGGGAGCAAAUACUUCGUGCUCCAGGUACACUAUGGUGAUAUCAGUGCAUUCAGAGAUAAACACAAGGACUGCUCUGGUGUAACUUUACAUCUGACACAUCAAAAGCAGCCUUUGAUUGCUGGAAUGUAUCUUAUGAUGUCUGUGAACACUGUAAUACCACCGGGUGAGAAAGUGGUUGAUGCAGAUAUUGCCUGCCAUUACAAAAGAUUUCCAAUGCACCUUUUUGCCUACAGAGUUCAUACCCACAGACUAGGUCAAGUAGUAAGUGGAUACAGAGUGAGAAAUGGUCAAUGGACAUUGAUUGGUAGACAGAGUCCACAAUUACCACAGGCCUUCUAUCCUGUGGAGCAUCCUGUAGAUAUUCGCUUUGAUGACAUCCUCGCAGCUAGAUGUGUGUUCAGUGGUGAAGGCAGAACUACUGAGACACAUAUAGGGGGAACAGCUAAUGAUGAAAUGUGCAACUUUUACAUUAUGUACUAUAUGGAAGCCAAACAUGCUGUCUCAUACAUGACCUGUACACAGAAUGCAAACCCUGAGAUGUUCAGGAACAUACCACAGGAGGCAAAUAUUCCUAUUCCGGUCAAGCCUGAUAUACUAAAGAUGGCGCAUGGACAUCAUGAAGAGAGCAAGGAUGCUGAUAAAAGUACAUUGCUGCAGCAGCCCAGAAGAGAAGAGGAGGAGGUUUUAGAUCAGGGUGAUUUCUAUUCACUCCUUUCCAAGCUGCUAGGCGAGAGGGAAGAUGUUGUUCAUGUGCAUAAGUAUAACCCUACAGAAAAGGCAGACUCGGAUCUGGUAGCCGAGAUUGCUAAUGUAGUCCAAAAGAAGGAUCUUGCCAGAGAGGUCACAAAUGUCGAUGAGAGGGACAAUGCUGUUCUUGUCAGAGACAGAAUUCACAAAUUUCACAGACUAGAAUCCACCUUGAGGCCACCAGAGAACAGACAUUUCUCUUUGCAACAACCUACACGUGGUGAGGGGAGCUGGGACAAAGAACAUACGGGAGAUUUCCACAUAGAAGAGGUGGUGGACUGGCCUGGCUUAGACCUCAAGCUGGGCCAAGUUUCUGGGUUGGCCCUGGACCAUGAAAAUAACCUUGUUGUCUUCCACAGAGGUGAUCAUGUCUGGGAUGAAAACUCUUUUGACAGCAAAUUUGUAUAUCAACAACAAGGAGUUGGACCAAUUGAACAGGACACCAUUCUGGUGCUGAAUCCAAGUAACGCUCAACUGCUUCAUUCCAUGGGCAAAAAUCUAUUUUAUUUACCACAUGGCUUGAGUAUAGACCAAAAUGGUAACUACUGGGUCACUGAUGUAGCGCUCCAGCAGGUUUUCAAAUUGAGAGCAGAUGAUAAAGAGCCAUUACUGAUGUUGGGAACGGCGCUACAACCGGGCAGUGACAAAAAUCACUUCUGUCAACCAACCGAUGUGGCUGUGGAUCCGGUCACCGGCAGCGUCUACGUCUCUGACGGCUACUGCAACAGCCGGAUCGUUCAGUUCUCCGCGAGCGGGCUGUUCCUCAAGCAGUGGGGUGAAGGCACUUCUUCAGAUGGAGCCAGACCUGGGCAGUUCCGUAUCCCUCACAGCUUAGCCCUGAUCCCUGAAUUCAGUCAGCUCUGCAUUGCAGACAGGGAGAACGGUCGCAUCCAGUGCUUCGAGUUAGGGAGUGGGCAGUUCAUAAGGGAGAUCAAGCACAAAUCAUUUGGAAGAGAAUUGUUUGCCGUUUCCUAUGUGCCAGGUGGUCUCCUCUUCGCAGUUAAUGGAAUGCCUUAUCCUGGAGAGACGGAACCAGUGCAAGGAUUUGUGAUGAACUUCUCUACUGGAGAAAUAAUUGAUACUUUCAGCCCCGUUAGAAAGAGCUUUGAGAUGCCACACGAUGUUGUUGCUUCAGAAGAUAAAACAGUGUUUGUUGGAGAUGUUCAUGCCAGAACAGUGUGGAAGUUCACAUCCACAGAAAAAGUGGAGCAUCGGUCAGUUAAAAAGGCUGGCAUUGAGGUGCAGGAAGUGAAAGCUGAUGCAGAACACAAAAUUGAUUCAAGUUCAGGCAGAAUUUUAGGCAGACUUCGAGGAAAGGGUGGUGGUGGCCUUAACCUUGGAAACUUCUUUGCAAGUCACAAAGGCUACAGCAGGAAGGGGUUUGACCGGCUCAGCACUGAAGGAAGCGACCAGGAGAAAGAUGAAGAUGAUGGCACAGACUCAGAGGAAGAGUAUUCAGCCCCUCCACCGCCAGCAGCACCGUCGUCA